AUGGCAUCGAGGGGAGGCCCCUCCGGCUUUGUCGAUUAUUUUCAUAACGGCACAAAGCGUCAUGACAGCAAUAAAGAUAACAUAAGUCAGCAAGGCUCGAAUGCUAUCAGGGUGCAAAAAGAAAGGAAAACAGAAUGGGCAAGACCUGGAAGAGUUUUCAAUAGAAAUAUUACUAGAGGAGGUUACUCUCGAAGUUCAUUGCCUGGAGUCACACAGGAAUUUCGUAUCGUCAAAGAUAACAGAAUUAAACUGAAAAAAGUUAGUGAGACUUUGCCAGAAGCAUCUCAGAAUGACGAUUCUAGCAAUGAAUGUGCUGUUUCAAAUGUUAGAGAUAAAAGCUCAACUGAAAAGCUAGCUGCCCAACACUGCUUGGUUAUUUGCAAUGCUAAUGGGCAUGGAGCAGCUCAUGCUGACAAUGGUAUCAAAAGUGCUACUCAAGCCCAUGAUAAGGAAGUCAAGCCUUCUAUUGUCCUAAAGUUGGAACAGUCUGAAGGGGGACAAGCAUCAUUGGUUGGUUCUCAUGCAGUUUCUGGAAAGGGCAACCAGAACACGGUGGACACUGCAGCAUCAGGGAAAAAUAAUUUUGGUGGUGAACUUUGCUGUUCUUCAUCAGAUCCAAUCCAUGUACCCUCUCCUGGUUCUAAAUUAGCUGGAACUUUUGGAGCCAUAAAGCGUGAAGUUGGAGUAGUUGGUGCUAGGCAAAGGCCAUCUAAUAGUGCAGCAACAAACACAUCUGCUUCUAAUGGCUUAGUCAAAGUGGUAUCAGCACCAAAGGGUAAUAAUCCUUCAAAAGAGCAACAAUCUGGACUCUCUAGUGUCUCUCUGAGAAAUAUCCGUUUUAAUUUGCCUGUACCUUUGAGCAAUAAGCAAUCUCAUCAUGUUAGUCAUACAAAAGUUAGCCCACAUAUGGAGUGGAAGCCCAAAUCAGUAAGCCCCAGCUCUAUCAGUCAUGGAGUUACUGCUGCACCUCCUGCUGCUCCAUCACCUGUUGAUGAUGGAAGUACAACAGAAGUGUCUGCUUUGUCUAAGAAGCUUUCACAUGCUAAUGUAUCACAUGAACAUGUUAUUAUACCGGAGCACAUCAGGAUACCAGAUUCCGAAAGAACUCAUUUCAUCUUUGGUUCUUUUGAAUCUGAAAUUGAUCCAAAGGCUUCUUUAGCAGCCUCUUAUGAUAUUGUGGCUAAAGAAGACUUGAAUGAUCACUCUCCUUCAAGCCUGGCAGCAUUGGAUUCCACAUCAACCGAUGGGACUCCUAAUGGUAGGAUGGAUAAUGUUGUUUCCUGCAGUCCACUUCCACAGUCAGAGUCUGCUGUUUCAGUUUCUGAACAUCAGCAGUCAUUGACGGAGUGUGUGGAGGUUCGGAGUCCUGGUGUUGUUGGUGAGUAUGGAACAAAUGAGAUGAUUUCAAGCAAGGUCACACAUUCUCAACCUCGACUCCAGCAUCAGGAAGCUACACAGAAUUUUAAGGCAUACGAGCCAGAUUCUGGUUAUGGGAUGUCAUUUAUUACUAAAGUUGUGGAUGGUGAAGCAACCCAAAGUAUGGCUUAUUCAUCUGAGGCCAUGGUUUUACAUUCUGUAAAUGCCUAUCAGUUACCUGCAUCUACAGAAACUCAACAACCAGUGCCCCAGAUGUUUUCUCAACAAUUCCAAGUACCUCAGUAUCCAAACUUUUUGCCAUAUCGGCAUGUUUUCUCAUCACAGUUUGGGUCUCCAAUGGUUGUCCCAAACUAUUCAAGCAACCCUGCAUUUCCUCAGUUGCCACAUGCCAGCAGCUAUCUGGUGAUGCCAAAUGGAGCCUCGCAACUAGCUGCCAAUGGCAUGAAAUAUGGAUCAAACCAUCGGUAUAAGCAAGUGUUUCAAGGAGCCCCUGCUGGAUAUGGCUAUGCAAAUCAUAAUGGUUACCCUGUCAGUAACGGUGUAAUCGGCGGCACAGUUGCUAUUGAGGAUACCAAUAUGAGUAAAUACAAGGACACCAACCUCUAUGCACCCAAUCCACAGGUUGAAACAGCAGAUUUAUGGGUUCAAAGUCAUAGAGAGAGUCCCAAUAUGCCAUCUGCACCGUUCUACAAUAUGGUGGGACAACCAGUGUCCCCCCAUGCAGCAUACUUACCACCACACAGUGGCCACACCGCCUUCAAUCCCGCCCCUUCCCAUCCUGCUCACUUGCAGUACCCGGGCUUUGCGCAUGCACUGCACGCAACAUCAAUGACUAUGGUGCAGAACCCGCAGGCCAUGGUACAUCAGCCGGGUGCACCGCCAUUGGCAGGAAAUCUAGGCCUGGACAUGGCUGCCAUGGUUCCUGGUAGUCAAGUAGGAGCAUUUCAACAGAACCAGCUUGGCCAUCUUGGCUGGACCACCCAAUCCUUUUGA